GAGAGGAUAUCAUCUUGUUCCAUAACCUAAAAGUUGGAAUACCUUUUCAAAAUUUGUCAUUACAAAAAAUGUUCAUACUAAUAUCACUAUAAGUAACGACUAAAAGCCAGCUUAAAAUGAUGGAUGCAUUGCAUGCCUUUGGCCUGGCCAUUGGCUGGAUGGACAUAGCGGGAGUCCUGUUUUUCGAAGCUCUCAUGUUUUUUUUGAUGCGACGUCGUCGCUUGGCAGAGCUGGCAGACAAAGGAUCUGCCGAAGAUCCCAUUAAAUCAAAAGGAAGAUCAUUGCCAAUCCUUAUGAGCAGAGCCAAGCUCAGUAAUGCCGAAAACGACUGUAUAUUCUGGAGUUACUUGGUGAUGCUAAAUGUCUGGAUUGUUGUUACUCUCCUAAUGAUCACGGGCAUUUCUUUGCACAAGCCGGAAUUGAUGAUAAUUUGGUUGAUUUGGUGCGCCUGUGGGCUGGCCUUUGAUGUCCUUUUUAUUUUCUGGUGGAUCUACGAACUAUGUAUGGGAGAUGCCAUCGAAGCUCUGACCAAUAUUAUGAUAUCCCUGCUUACCAUGGCUAUAGAAUUUGGUUUCAUUUGUGUCAUUUACACCAUCUACCGCGACCUAUUGAACUCGUCGGAUGAUUCUGAAAACAAAAAUGCAAAAAAAUCUGUAUUUUCUAAUAUGAUGAUUUAAUGCGUACAAAUUUUAAA